GAACACAAGGGUGGCAAUAUUGCGUAGACAGCAAACAAAACGCUUUGUUUUAUAAACAGAAUAUAGUGCGAAGACUUCAUAAUUUUUUUGUAAUAAAACUUUAAACUAAUUAAUAUUUUUAUAUAUAUAUUUUGUUAUAUCCGUGUAAUAUUUUAAUUAUUAUUAAAUGAUGUCGAGUGUGACAAUAGAACGCAAACGAGUAGAGUGCAAUUCUUUACCCAAAGGAUGGCAAAGAGAAGAAAUAAUCCGUAAAUCAGGAAUAUCAGCUGGUAAAAUGGAUGUGUGUUAUUAUAGUCCUACAGGCAGAAAAAUUGAAAGUAAGCCGCAAUUAGCUCGACAACUCGGUGAUGCAUUUGAUUUGAGUACUUUUGACUUUCAAACUGGUAAAAUAUUACAACAUCUAUCUUCGCCGUCUAUAUCGUUGUAUCGCUGCAGUGGCAGUGGUGCCGCAUCGAGUACUGCUAAUACAGGAGCAAAUACUUUCAAACGAAAAUACAAAUCACAAACGCUUUCUGAUAGCAGCAGCGGCUCUUCUACAGCAAGUAUCAAUAUAAGCACCAACAAUACUUCCAGUGCAUCUUUCGCUAGCUCAUCAUGUCAACGUCAGCUGCAUGACUUCAGUCGAACUAUGCGCUCAGAUGUGUCCCUCGUACCACCUAUCAGACAAACUGCAUCAAUUUUUAAACAGCCGGUGACAGUUAUACGAAACCAUGAAGUUGGAAAAGUGAAACAUGAUGCAAAGCACGCAGCACAGGACAAGCCGAAACAAAUGUUUUGGGAAAAACGUUUGGAGCGAUUGCGUGCUUGCCACUCUAGUGGCGAGGAGUUAGAAGAUAUAAUACUGCCUAGAAGCAUACGUUCUAUUGGCCCGAAUGUUAAUGAGCAAACUGUUUUACAUUCCCUAGCGACAGCUUUGCAUAUUUUAAGCUCUCCGGUCACAGGACAAACCUCGAGUAAGACUGAAUUUAACAAAAACGCUACUGCUUUUAUUAAUCCAGACCAGCCACUAAUGCAAUCUGUUCUUGUGUCUGAAGAUGAUAUAAGACGGCAAGAAGACCGUGUAAAUAUAGCCAGAAAAAAACUACAAGACGCACUUAAAUCUUAAUUUAUAAAAAAUAAUUGAUAAUAGCAUUUAACUAUAAUUUGUAACUCAACAUAAUAGAAGAGAGAUACUUUCAAAUUCACACGCAAAAAAACCAUUACACAUUUUUAGACAAUGAAGGUUACGCUUCAAAUAUACACUUUUUCUUGGAAAUUGUAUAUAAUUGCUAAUAUACAUUAUUGGCUAUAUAAGGUGGACCAACUUAAUGAAAUGCAAAUAGUUCUAGUUAACUUCAACAUGUAACUUAGUUCAAGGAGAUUUGUUACAUCACUUUCAAAAGAAUACAUCGCGCAAGUGGCUACUUUUAACUCAAAUGGUGCAAUGUGCCAGUUUUUAUGAUAUAUUCGUAUUUGGCAAUGUCCUGAUGGAUGUUGGCCUUAAGUUCCUGUAGCUCCUCAAGAAAAAUCUGGCAGUGUCAAAUCGGACAAAUGCGGAGGCCAGUCAAAAUCAAUUAGUUGUCGUAAACUUAGCGAAUCUAGAAAAUGUAAACACAACACUAAUUCAACUCGAUCUCCAAAUACUUCGCACACAAAGAACUGUAAUACGAUUGCUCAAUAUUAUAUCAGCUAAUACAAAAUUAAUUGAAUUCAGUUUCUUCCAUAACGUAGAACGGAUGAGCGGACUUCUUACAGCACAACUAAAUCAUUUUCCUUGUCAAAGUAACAGUAUUGCCAGUUUCACCUAAUAUAGUCAACUCUGUAUAUAAUCAUUUAAAUUAACAAAAAAUUUUAAAUGUAAGUUUCUUUGCUAAACUGUCA